ACAGUAAAGACUAAUUCAUGGUGAAAGUUCACAAGCUCACUGUCAAUAAGGACUUUACAAAGAGAACCAGUUCAACACUAAAAACUAGUUUGAUGAACCGGGUGAACAAGUUGGACUGAUGUAAGAACGAGUUUUACUUCUGAUAUUUAAAGGAAUCAUUUGUGCCGACCAGUUGAAGGACUUUUAGUGUCGACUGAAUCUAUGGAUAGCCAGUCCAAAUGGACAGACGACAAAUCACACCUAGAUACUCAAAGACGUGAAAGGGUGAGCAGCGCAUACCGAAAGAAACCAUGUCGCCUUGUGUUUUUAUUUCUGAGGUCAUACCGGUGGGUUUUCGCUCUGGCUUUUGGGUAUGCGAUAUUAGUGUUCGUUUUAAGUCUAAUGAAUUUACCCACGUCUGGGUUAGAUGCACCCACGCACAGUGAGUUGCGAAUCGACGACACCAGAGUGACGCUUCUUAUCUGGUGGAGGCCAUUCGGUAACCGGGAUCCCCUGCCUAACUGCGCUGUGCGUUAUGGCAUCCUAGACUGUACAGUAACCACGAAGAGAAGCGCGUACCCCCGUGCAGAUGCUGUUAUUAUACACCAACGCGAACUGAUGCUCAACUGGAACGCGCUCCCCCGUGCUCCUCGGCCUCCGAGUCAGAAAUGGAUCUGGAUGAACUUUGAGUCUCCGAGUCACUCCGGCUCUUUGAUUGGGCUGGAUGGGGUAUUUAACCUUACCAUGUCAUACCGCCGAGGCUCAGACGUCUUUCUGCCCUAUGGGUACCUGCAGCCCCGGAGAGGAGACGAAGACACCCCACAGAUGAGUGUGCAGCACAGGCGCGGAAUGGUCGCGUGGAUAGUAAGCAACUGGAACGAGCAACACGAAAGGGUGCGAUUUUACCGGACUCUCCGGCGAUAUGUACGUGUGGAUGUGUUUGGACGUGCGGCGCGGGAUUUGAUAUCUGAUAGCGUAGUGCGCACUGUAUCUCGAUAUAAAUUCUACCUGGCCUUUGAGAACUCUUUGCACACAGAUUAUAUUACGGAGAAAUUGUGGAGAAACGCGCUAUUAUCAGGGGCUGUGCCUGUGGUUUUGGGACCAUCACGAGAGAAUUAUGAACUUUUUCUUCCUGCUGAUGCAUUCAUACACGUCAAAGACUUCAGCGGCCCGCGGGCUCUUGCCGCGUACCUAAAACACCUGGACAGAAACUACUCCCUCUAUCGGCGUUAUCUGAACUGGAUGAGUCACUACAGCGUGCACGUUACGUCAUUUUGGGAAGAGCAUUAUUGUAUGGCCUGUAGAGCUGUUCAAGCCAGUAGACACCAACACAAAACUGUUUCUGAUAUUGCUCUUUGGUUCAAAUCUUGAUAUUUGCAUGCUUGUUUACUGUCAUUUAUCAUUCCAAUUACAAAUAAGAAAGUCAUACAUAUGUUAUUUUAAGGUUUAAGAAUUUCAAGUAUGAAUAUAAUGCUUCGUCUGCAUUGCAAAUUAAAGAAUGCUUUGUAUUU